GUCUCUGCGAUAUGCGACAUCGCUGACCCGCGCCGUCGGACAAGACAGAAGUUGGCGGUAAACAGUUAUUCUUCAGAAACAGAAGCAGAGUUCAGUUGCAACAGGGGACAGGAUUUACGAUGGUGUUCAAUGGUUACUUGGCGUAGUCUGUCUUCACCACUGUGGAUGUUGGCAUACACCCGGUUGAGCUGGUUGUAUACCGUGUGGUGCUUUCGGCACCUUGUUCCCCUAACAUGCCGAAACCUACCCGCCACAACUGCCAAAACUUGACAACAUGAUCUUCAAGUAAAUGAAGCUUUGGUGUGAUUGAGACAUCUGGAAAGGUUUUCCGGAAA